AUGGUACCACAAAGUUCCAUUUUUGUGAGAAUUAAAACAGUCGCUAAAAACUAUCAGGACGAUAUUUUGGAACCUGUUGUCAAGCAUCUAAAUGAAACUCUUGAUUUCUGGAAGUCAUUGGGUUUUCUAGCAGGAUUCCGCCCUAACUCACAAGGCCAGGUCAACUCAGCAAUGGCGGCAAAAGAACAUUCCAGAGUUCAUUUCUGCCUCAGAUUGGCCCUCAGGAAACCCUGA